CUGCGCAUGCGCCAAGAGAGCACCAGCUGGCCCAAUCAGCUAUUUUACCCCCACACGCCAAAAAAUCUGAGAGUGAUUUCCAGAAGAUGGCGACCGCUCUGGUGGUAUCAACCUCAGUCCCUACUAAUCCUGAAAAGGAAAAAUGUGUAACAACCAUUCCAAAGGUGUUGAGUCCUGAAUCCUACAUCAAGCAUCCAUUACAAAACAAGUGGGCUCUUUGGUUUUUCAAGAACGACAAAAGCAAAACAUGGCGAGCCAACCUGCGUCUCAUCUCAAAAUUCGACACUGUGGAAGACUUCUGGGCAUUAUACAACCACAUUCAGCUAUCAAGUAAUUUGAUGUCCGGCUGUGACUACUCACUGUUUAAGGAUGGGAUUGAGCCCAUGUGGGAGGAUGCACAGAAUCGACGAGGUGGCCGCUGGCUGAUAACUCUGUCCAAGCAGCAGCGUAGAGCAGACCUGGAUCGGUUCUGGUUGGAGACGCUUUUGUGUCUUGUGGGCGAAGCUUUUGGUGACUACAGUGAUGACGUGUGCGGAGCCGUGAUCAAUGUGCGAGCCAAAGGAGAUAAAAUAGCAAUAUGGACCACGGACUACGAAAACAAAGAUGCCAUCACACAAAUAGGGCGUGUGUACAAAGACAGAUUAGGCGUCCCACCAAAAGUGAUCAUCGGAUACCAGUCACAUGCAGACACGGCCACAAAGAGCGGCUCCACAACCAAGAACAAGUUUGUUGCCUGAACACCGGAAUCACCCACCAUGCCUUUUUCUGUUCUGUAAUGUUUCCAUGAAUGUAACUGACGUGUUUACCCACUAACAAACAUUUGAAGUGGAGAUAAAGCUGUUUCCUUUCUGUUUGUUUCUAUUUGUUGCCUCUUCACCAAAGCUUUUGUUUACAGUGAGAGGAUGUGCAGCUGAAAUGUAGCACUGUUGUCUGAACUUUAUUUUGUGUGUUGGUGGGCUGAAGAUGAGCAAAAGAUGUUUUGAUGCCCAUAUCUCAGUUUCAAAUGCAGCUGCAUAUUGUUGGAGAAUUUGUUGUUCUUUAUCCUUCACUUAAGUGUUUGUCAGUUAUUUUCUUAAAGUACUCAAAGUAAAACAUUUUCGACUUGGGUAUCAGCUGUAGCUCUUUGUUAGUCCUGUAAUGUGACACAGUCAGUUUACAAUAUAAAUGUGUUGAUUUAUUGCACUUUUAGUUGCACAGUGGAGUUUUUAACCAUACAUUGCAACUCAACGCACAUCUUCUGAACAUGAACAGCACUAACAGGUGGAUUAAAAAACUUGAAUUCAGCAGAGUCAUAGAGGUUUUGACAUCUUUGUGCAGUUGUUUUUCAGUUUGACAAAUUAUUUAAAAGUCACUUUAUUGCUGUUGUAUCAAAUAGAAUAUCUAAAAGUGAGCUGUUUUCUUUCUCGUGAAGCAGCUUGUGCAAUAUAGGAAGAAAUAAUAUUGAGGUGUGUGGUGCUUCGUCAAGAUUUUAAAGUCUGCCACUCAAGCAAAACACAAAUUUCUUGUUAAAAUGGAUCAGGAAGCAUUGUAACUAUGUGCCUCAGAUUUAUCACAAGAGCAAAAGUGAGCCAUUCAUACCUGAGCUCUUGAUAUACUUUAACCUCUUAUGAAUCUUGAGUUUUGAGUUUAAGAGCACAGAAAGAUGUCAGUGAUAAAAGCAGCAUUUUGCAUCUCAGUCUGUCUUAAUAGUGAGGAUGAUAUUUUUUCAAAUGUACAUAUUGUUUGGUAUGUCUUUUCCCGUACAAGUGCACAAGCCAUGUUACAGUGUAAAAUGUUUAGUCAAAAAGUUUACUUGUUAGUUUGGUACUGAUCUACUGCUUUGAUGAAGUGUACAUAGUCCAAUCUGGAUAUUGUUUUGUAUGUGGCAAACACAAAAAAAAGUAAAGGUUUGGAGGGAUUGAACUGUGCCUUGAAUGUAACACCCUGUCCUAUAUUUUGAUGUACAAAGGAGUGAUAAAAAUAAAAUUAAAAAUUAAGUUUGAAUCA